AGCCAGUCUCUCAAGUCGGAGUCAGGACAUAAACUUUACGCACCAGUUCCUUCAGGAGCAAAACGGCACUGCAUGGUCAUAGAUGCAAGGCUAUAAGACACACCAUUCCUUAUCAUCUGGGAAAAAAUCGAGCCUGAGGAGAACCUUACUCUGAAGAACUGACUUACAUUUUUUAUUUAUUUUUUGUACUUUUAUGCAAAAUGAACACUCAGAGGGCGACCUUGUUUUUAUGUUGGGUGAUGCUGUGCAUGGACACCUGUCUAAGCCAGAGAGACUGCACAGGUGUGGACUGUCCUGUUCUGCAAAGCUGUAUUGAAACGGUUUUAGAGAAGGGUGCCUGCUGUCCCACCUGUAGACAAAAGGGCUGCACCUGUGAGGGUUACCAGUAUUAUGACUGCAUCCAAGCAGGCUUCCGGAAGGGGAAAGUCCCAGAGGGGGAAGCUUACUUUGUUGAUUUUGGAAGCACUGAAUGCUCCUGUCCCCAAGGAGGAGGGAAGAUAAGCUGUCAUUUCAUUCCGUGUCCGGAAAUCCCCCCCAACUGCAUUGAUAUUUCACAACCUGCAGAUGGGUGUCCGCAAUGUGGUCGGAUUGGCUGUACCCAUGGCAACAAGAAGUACGAGGCGGGACACUCCUUUCAGAUGGACAAUUGUCAGGUUUGCCACUGUCCAAAUGAUGGUGGGAGGUUAAUGUGUUCACCUGUCCCUGGUUGUGACAUUCGUAGUUCUAAUAAGCCCAUCUGGGCUACGACCACUGAGAACAACAACCCUUUCAGAGACUUGAGCAGCCAUGAUGACAACCGACAAACCAGACCUGUGGAACCAUUUUCCAAGCUGGCAGUGGGAAACACUUUACCACUGUAUAAGCAGGACACACCCAGUUUUGGCACAGGGGAUUAUGACUACACACUGGCAGGCCCAAAAUCCUCCACGAUCCAAGAUCUGGCCCAACCACUGGAAUCUACUACACUACCACCAACUUAUCCAGAAUCAAGCUCCAAUUCCUUCAGCUCCCAUGAUGACAGGAGACAUGAGCUGAGGGAGACACAAAAAAGCUCUGUUUCAGAAAGGAACAGUGAGGCUGAGGUCACACAUAGCACGGAUCCAACCACUACAGAGGCUCAGAGCGAAACAUCAACAUCGCUAACAACAACCACACAGGGAGUGACCACAGAGAACCACAGGCCGCAGCAGGAAGUAUCUGAAAGAACCAUUAGACUUAACAGUGGCAGAAACAGAGUGGCACAGGACAGUUUAAAAGACACAGCAUACAGCGACCGUGCAAACCAUGGGGCCAGGCACUUUGGCCAUCACAAAUUUACUCAAGGCGGUCGCACAGGGAUUAAUGGCGGCUUCCAGUCUGUUGGCCACAAGGAACAAGAAUCAGUGGAGCGCAGGCAGACGCUCGGUAGAGAGGAGGAGACCUCAUACCCCUCAAUACAAUUCAGUCCCACCAGCAGAUCUCCAGUCAGGAGGAGAGAGGAUGGAGAGCAGCCUCAAAGACAACCCCAAACCUUCUCCAACCAGAGGUCUCAGGAUGUGGAGGGAGACGUCGAAGUGUCUGCCAAAGAGCUGGUGAGGACCUGCUGCGAGACAGGGGAGAAAUGGUCUUCAGCUAAUGGUCACUGUGACAACAUGGAGCAACCCACAAAAGAUAGGCACUCCAUCUGCUGGACUGCCCAACAACAGUGCUGCCGCGGUUCCCUGAGAGAAAGUCGGUGUUUGGCUGGAUUGAAUGCAGCCAAAGCAGGAAAUAUGUGUCAAGAGGAUGUCAGCGAUAAAUGUGGGAUUGAUUUCUACAAGGAGUGCUGUGGCUGCUGCUCUCUGGGGCUGCAAUUCCACCGUGAGGGGCAUCGCUGCGAAGCCCACCAGUACCUGGGUUUCCACUGCAGACAUGCCUUUCUAACCUGCUGCAAGGGGGAGGAGAGUACGCCUGGGAAUCAAGACGGCUGGCACACUGUCAGGGAGAGGCCCGCUCUGAACUCCACUCCACAACCAAUAAAAGUGUCUGACAGCCCGUACCCUAAAGAGGCCUUCUCCAUUGGUGAGGAGCGGGAUGGGGAGAAUGCAGUGGAGGGUCCUGUUGAGGUGGAGGACAUGGACGAGUGCCUGAUAUACGAGGGCAACAUCUGCCACCACAGAUGUGUCAACACGCCAGGCUCUUACCGGUGUGAGUGCCUCCCUGGAUAUGUGCUGCAAGACGACGCUUUCACUUGUGCACAAGAGACGGUGGACGAGGAGAACAGACUGAAGGAGGAUGACAGAGCGGCCGUGGAGCCCACUCCACCGCUUCCGCCCCCCACCCACCCCCCUGUCCCAGUCAACCCCUGUGAAGGAAACAGCCCAUGUGAGCAACACUGCACCUCAGUGGGCGGAAGGCCUCAAUGCUCCUGUUUCUCAGGAUUCUCUCUUAUGGCCGAUGGACGCUCUUGUGAGGACAUAAAUGAGUGUUUGUCCACAAGCGCCUGCCAGCUGAAUGAGCGCUGCGUGAAUACUGCAGGGAAUUAUAUCUGUCAGAGACUGAUCACCUGUCCCCCGGGAUACCAGAUCAGCAACGACAUUUGUGAAGACAUUGAUGAGUGUGGCGCUUCAUCCCAGCCAUGUAGCCUGGCAUUUAACUGCAUCAACACGGUGGGAUCCUACAUUUGCCAGAGGAAGAUAAUAUGUAGCCGUGGCUAUCAUGCCAGUCCUGAUGGAUCCAGAUGUGUUGAUGUGGACGAGUGUCAGGGCAGUCUGCAUCAAUGUGGAGAGGGUCAGCUGUGCCACAAUCUGCCUGGUUCCUAUCGUUGUGAAUGCCAGACGGGCUAUCAGUACGACUCAUUCAGGAGGAUGUGUGUAGAUGUAAAUGAGUGUUGGCGCUACCCAGGCCGCCUGUGUGCCCAGACGUGUGAGAACACCCCAGGCUCCUAUGAAUGCUCGUGUACCUCUGGUUUCCGCUUAUCCGGCGAUGGGAAGAACUGUGAAGAUGUGAAUGAGUGUUUGGCCAGCCCAUGCAGUCAGGAGUGUGCCAACAUCUAUGGUUCCUACCAGUGCUACUGCAGACAGGGCUACUACCUCAGGGAGGAUGGGCACACCUGUGAAGACAUUGACGAAUGCUCCCAGAGCAUUGGCCAUCUGUGUACCUAUAAGUGUAUGAACGUUCCAGGCAGUUACCAGUGUGCUUGUCCUGAAUAUGGGUACACCAUGUCUCCAAACGGACGCUCUUGCAGAGAUAUUGAUGAGUGUGCCACGGGGGCCCAUAACUGCUCUCUAGCUGAGACCUGCUACAACAUCCAAGGAGGGUACCGCUGCCUUUCUCUCGACUGUCCACCAAACUACCGCAAAGUGUCUGACACGCGCUGUGAGCGGAUCAGCUGUCCCAACUACCUGGAGUGUCAAAACUCUCCUCUGAGAAUCACCUCCUACUACCUCAGCUUCCAGUCCAACAUUGUCAUCCCUGCUCAGAUCUUCCGCAUCGGACCCUCCCCCGCCUACUCUGGGGACAACGUUAUCGUCAGCAUCACCCAGGGGAACGAGGAAAACUACUUCAGCACCCGGAAGCUGAAUGCCUACACGGGCGCUGUGUACUUAAAUCGACAGGUCGAGGGUCCGAGGGAUUUCUUAAUCAAUGUGGAGAUGAAGCUUUGGAGACAGGGGACAUUUACCACUUUCCAGGCCAAGAUCUUUGUCUUUGUCACAGCCAACUCACUCUAACAGUUAGAGGUGUGCUGUGUGGCCACUAUGGACCUUUUAUCAUUAUCAGUAUUUACUAUUUAACAAUGUCAUAAAGUAUACCACUGUCUGCUGCGAUUGAGUAGUUACUCUUCCAGUUGAUGUUAGUAUUAAAACAUUGCUGUAGGAGUAGUAAAAUAUUCAGAAAGAAACUGCAUGCUUUGUGUUAGUUUCUGUUUUCACUGCAAUUGCCUAAAACUCUGUAAUAUCACAUUUCUUUCAUUGCAACAUAACCUUGAAUUGCUAUUGUACACGUCAUUAAUUUCCAGUGCUCUAAAGACCCAUGCAAAACGCAUUCUUAUUUUACGAAAUACCACCAAAAUGAAAAAAAAUCUUUUCACUGAUUUGUUUGAAUACAAAUUGGAUUAACAGUAGAAUCCCCAUCACCCUUUCCCUCCACACAUAUUCAACAUCAGCCCUGUUUUGAUUUUCUUAACCAGAUGUGAGUAAAGAAUACGACUGAUAACACACAACCUCUAGCUUCAGCCCAGCUCCUUUUUUCAUACUGAGAGACUUGUAUCCCAGUGUUUUACUCAUAUCCUCCAUUAUCAGAUGAUGAUGUGUAGUUUGAUAGCCCUGUGGUGAAAGCAGAAGAAACUGUUUAGUUUCCAUUACAGUGCCUAAACGAUUGUUCUCUUGUCUUUUACUCCGCGCUGCUGUUUUUAUGUUGUCUUUGAAGUAUUUUAUAUGAUAAAAUUUUAUGUUACUUUAUAUGGUGUAUUUUUGUAUCCCUGUAAUAGACACUUUAUGGAUGGAUGUAUCAUAGUUUUUAUCCUAGAUUUAUAAGUUGCAAAGUAUUUUAGUAAAACAU